ACGUUUCUGAAAGCGUUCGAUCAUCGUUCAUUGUUUUUGUUUUCAGCUGAACAGUUCGCCGGGUUUUUCAGUUUUCCUUCGAAUUUCCUUAAUUUCCUCCUAUCAAUAAGCUAUUAAAAUAACUAAAUCGGUCUCAAAUUUCGCCGUUUUUGCAAAUUAAUUAUCCAUAAGUAUUCAUCUGGAGGAGCAAAUCAUGCAAUCUCCCAUCAGCGCAGCCACGUGCUUGAUGGAUGGCUUCCGGUGCCGACUGUGCUUUAAAUCCUCGGACGACCAUCUGAAUCUGAAGCCGCUUUUUCCACCCGGCGAUGAAUGUUUCGUCAACGAUCUGCUCAGCCAAAUCUACGAUAGUUUGGCCAUUCACGUAUCCUUCCUGGAGGACUUCUGUUCCGUGAUUUGCGAGGGAUGUCGAGAAACGGUCAUCUCGUUUUACACCUUCAAAAAGCAGUGCCAAUCCAACGAUCGCUAUCUGCGCGAGAAACGAGCCAAGGAAAUAAACGGAGUAGAGCUGGAAAGAAAGGUACAGGGAAGCCAAACCGAUCCGGAAUUGGAGGAGAAUCGUGUAAAGAUCAAGGAACCCCACCAUGAAGAACUAAUGGAUCAAGCGGAAAGUAUUUUCUUUCCACAAAAACCAACUGCCCUUAGUCCGAAACUGGUGGAGAAAGUGGACGUGGGUGUUCAAUUCGACCAAGACGUGGAAGGGACGUGUUUGAAACAGGAAGAAGAUUGUGUGGAGAAAGUGGACGUUGCUGUCCAGAUUUGCGGAUUCAGCUCUCAAGAAUCGUUCCAUGGAUUUGCUGACGAAUUCUACGCCAGGCGAUCGCCAAGGAUUUUCAUCAAAAACUCCGUUACCGAGGCGUUUGAGAUGAUAAGGACCCCUCCGAUAGCCAACGACGACAUGCAGGAAUGCCACAUCACCAUCGAGAAGCUCAACAUUAAACCCACCCUUCCGGGUGUAGAUGAACUACAAUCCCAAAAUAUUCCCAUGGAAAAGAACAGGAAGAGGGUCAAAGCAAAAGCAGUCACUAAAGACUCCAACCAAACCCCGAGGCUGCUCCGCCAGAAGGCCGUACUAUUCUACGAUGGGUUUGAGUACCGAAAGAAGGGAACCUGUCAUGACGGAUCCACUGAAUGGGUGUGCUGUAAGAUAUCCUGUCCGGCAACUCUCGAACAGAAAGCGGACGGCAAACUGAAACUAAACGCCAAGCACAAACUGCACACCCCGCAGGUGGUUCGCGAUACGGUGGUGCUCGAUCGCAAAAGCCGGAAGCUGGUGCCGUUUAUGGUGACGCAAAACAACCACAAGCGGAAGGUGAUAUGCGACGAUGCCUUCCGGUAUCGGCUGUCGCAAAAUUUGGCCAACGGACAAACGAUUUGGAGCUGCGACGCCCAACAGGGGGGCUGCAAGGCCUUCCUGCGGGUUGUGGGCGACUUUCGAGCGGUGUCCAAAGUGUUCCAGCAUAAUCAUACCGAAACGAUAAUGGUUCGGCGGCGCAAGGUGCCCCAGAAGGAGAAGGUCAAGCAAACUGGAGACCGAAAGCUGGUUAAACAAGCGUAGGUUACAGGUUUCCUUCCUUAUGUUUUUUUUUUUAUAUCGUGAUAAUUAAUUCCUCACGACGAUUGUGGAAAGUAAUUUCGAUUUUACAAUAUUUCCAACUGCGAAAAUUACGUGUUUUUAAACAUAUUUGCUUUUUCUAUCAUCUAUCCUUGAACUAAAGUGAGCAGACAUGUUUGGUUUUAAUGCGGUACACAAAUAGUGAAUUAUAAAAAAAAUAUUGUAAGAAAUA